UUUUUUGCACCGGGGAGAUAGCGCUCUGACAACUAGAGCAAAUCGGAGAGACAAAGCAAGAGAAAAUAUAUUCAGGCUAGGAGAGGCUACACUUUGCAGGUGCUAUGAAAGGCUUUCUGUCCUUUACGGUCCUUAUACUCCUUUCACUGGUGCACAGCUCCCAGGGAGUCUAUGUCCAGGAUGGCGACUUGAAAUUCUCCCUUGAAUCUGUGAAGAAGCUAAAGGAGCUCAUGGAUGAGAACAGAAGCAUUAAUCCUCGCAUGGUGGUUUCAAAGACUACCUAUUCUCCAUGCAACGAGAAAGAUCUUCCUGAGGAGUUCCAAGUUGUGUGUAAAAGAGAAGAUGCACCCAUGAUUUUCGAGAGGCUGAGCACGGCUGUCAGAGACGCUGAUUUGUGCGAAAUCUGUGCCAAUGCUGCCUGCUCUGGGUGCUUUUGAAAAAGGAUGAAACAAUCCGAAGAAGAUGUGCCAAGUUUGUGCAUUUGUGUUGCAAGAUCACAUACUCUCAAAAAUCAAUAUUUAGUCUCCACCUCCACUAUAGUCAAACUGAAGCUCUUGCCUCAUGUAGACAUGCUAGGGGGAAUCUUGAAGUAGUCAGGUCAGGUAAUACCAACAGGGCAGUUUUGGCAACAAGAAGACUAAGCCUUAUCUGAGAUGCUGAGGAAGCAUCAUCUCACCCUGAGCUGAGCCUUUUCUUGAGCUGACUGCUCUCCCUUCCUGAGUUGUGCCUCUGUCUACAUGAGCUGUGUCACGCUUGACUGGAGUGAAAAAUUUCUGCAUUCAUUGUUUUGGCUUUUACUAUUUUAUCUGGAUUGGAACAUGAUGGGUCAAACUGAGUAGUCUUCUCCAGCCCUUUUAAUAUUUAAAUCUACCUGUGAUCUGCCUUCCCCUACACACAUACAUGUAGCAGUAUAGGUUUAUCAUCUUUUCCAGCACAUACUAUCUAAUUGGUUGGAUAAGUGCCUGAGCCAGUAGGUCUGCAUGUGGUAUGUGUAUGUUUAUAACAGAACUGUAGCAUGCAACUUGGGGACAAGUUAGAAGUGUUCAGCUACACUUUCACACCCAAAAAAUUCUCCAUCUGUUACUUGUACUAAUAGUUUAUUGUGAAUUUAUGGAAUAGAGGCAGACAAGCACUGCAGCUAGUAACCUUUUCCUCAUAGUUAUAUAUAGAAGUUCCCUUCUUUCAAUGGAUUUUCCUGUUUGUUAAGUCAACAUUGACUUGACGGGAUUUAUGUUUUUGUCAUUUUAUUUUGUUGUGUGGUGUGUGUGUUUUUGGUGGCAAUAUUGUGAAGAAAGAGUCUGCCCAUGUUUGUAUGCUACUGUAUAUGAAAUAAAAGCUCAUGACAAUUUUGUGG